AUGGUGAACAUAAAAUUCUUAGGUGAGGAAAAACUACCAAAGUUACCCGUUCCACCACUUGAAAAUACUCUACGGAAAUAUGAGAAAACUCUGCAACCACUACUCAGUGAUCAAGAAAAAGAACGAAUACACAAAAUAAUAGAAGAGUUUGGCAAACCAGGAGGCCAUGGCUCCAAACUUCAGCUAUAUCUGGAAAACAGAAGGGAAAAGUUAGAUAAUUGGGCAUACGAAUAUUGGAUGAACGAUAUGUACCUAAACUACCGGGAACCUAUCGCUAUCAACUCCAAUCCAGGCAUGGUUUUCCCUCCUAGAAAAUUCACAACCAUCCUAGAUGUAGCUCGGUUCGCAGCCAGACUCAUAGACGCUGCUCUGGACCACAAAGAAAUUCUUAAUCGCAAAGCUUUACCCAUAGAGAAAGCUACGUCGAGAGAAGCGGGUCAGCCUCUAUGUAUGGCGCAGUUCUAUAGGAUACUGGGAGCUUCCAGAUUGCCCGGAAAAAAGCGCGACUCUCAAUACGUAUGUCCUGUUCCUAAGGAUGGGGAGCAGACAUCUGAACAUAUCAUUGUUAUUUGCAGAAGUCAAUUAUACUGUGUUCCUAUACAAGCAGGUGAUAGAGGAAGACUGAACGAAGACGAAAUAUGUUCCCAAUUGUUAUACAUACUGGAUGAUGCUCCUUGUUUGUCCAAUCCGCCACCCAUAGGUCUGUUAACAGGCUGGAAAAGAUCACUAUGGGCCGAAGCUAGGGAAGACUUAAUGAAGGAGGAAAGAAAUACAAGAAAUCUGGAUCUUAUAACCAAAGCUUUAGUAGUUGUAUGCCUUGAUGAGGGCUUGCCUAACAAUUUCAACUGCAGGCUUCAAAGAGGUGGUAAAGGUCAUAUAGCUGCAGGUCGUGACGAAACCAACUUAGCUCACCAAAUGCUUCACGGAGGAGGCAGUACCCACAAUUCAGCAAACAGAUGGUUUGACAAAACUAUUCAACUGGUCAUCUCCGGAGAUGGAGCAUGCGGUCUUUGCUAUGAGCAUUCCAAUGCAGAAGGAAUCGCAGUUAUCCAGUUGGCAGAAAAGCUUUGGAAGCAUGCUGAUUCAUUCACAAUCCCAUCAGAGGUACCUGCAUCUUCGUCGAGUCACCUUCCUCCACCAGAGCGCUUAGAAUGGCUACUGGAAGCUACCGACCACAAGAGAAUAGAAGAAGCCGGACUGUACCUAGAUAAUUUAGUAAAAGACUUAGAUUUCCAGGUUUUUAGAUACAACGGCUAUGGAAAAGAGUUUAUGAAGUCUUGCAAAGUUAGUCCAGAUGUAUAUAUUCAAUUGGCUCUGCAAUUAACUUACUAUAGAUUGUAUGGUAAGCUUACAGCAACCUAUGAAAGUGCUUCAGUCAGAAGAUUUAGGUUGGGAAGAGUGGACUGUAUAAGAUCAGCUAGUCCAGAGGCUUUGGCUUGGGUAAAAGCCAUGUCGCAACCAAAAGAAGACGACACAAGCAACAAGAAGGUAACAUUCCAUCUAGUUAGUGACGACAAAAAGAUUCUACUAUGGAACGAAGCUGUAGCAGCACAAACUACAGAGAUGGUUGAAAACAUUCUCGGCCAAGGUAUAGACUUACACAUCUUAGGUUUAAGAGAAGCAGCCAAAGAAACCGCGCCAACAGCUGCAUCUCCACUGCCAAAACUCUUUACAGACGCAUCGUAUAGAUUAGUCAACAAAUUUUUACUGUCCACCAGUCAAGUAGCCACUAGUACUAACAGCUUCAUGGGCUAUGGUCCAGUGGAGUCAGAUGGAUACGGAGCUUCUUACAACCCUAAGACAGACUGUAUCAUCUUUUGCUUGUCGGCUUUUUGGUCCUCUGAGGUUACUAGUACUAGCAAGUACGCACAGUCUUUAGAAGAAAGCUUGAAUAUAAUGCAAAGCUUACUGACUCGGCCUAGUACGUGA